AGAAAAUAUGAGUACAAUCAGCAAGGGCUCAAAGGCCUCAACAACAUCACAAAAGAAGGACAAACUGAAGGCUCUUCUCUGUGAUAAAGUAAUUGAAUUGGUUAAAAAAGGAGGCAGUGCUCAAAUACCUGCCGAAGCAUUGAGUUUGAUCAGUAGGGAUGUAGAUGGUCUUAUGAAGGAAGGAAAAGGUAGCGAAGCUGACUUGAAGGUUAUUGCCAACAAGGUAAAAGGAAUGCUAUCAAAAGCAUCUUCAACAGCAUCCUCUAGACAUUCUAUUCCUCCUCUCGAUACACACAGUGUAGCUUCUAAAAAGAGUUCAAGCUCUCACCAAAGCGAAAGAUCCGAAAUUGCAAGAAGUACCACUUCUAACCAACAACAAGAAACAGAAGAAGAACCUGCUUAUGCUAUUGGAACUUUGGGUGGAUUAUUCGGAGGUGGUAUCAAAAAGACUGCCAAACCAAACAAGCCACCAAGUGGUGAUGACAUUUGGGCUGCCAUUGCAGUUAAGGACACUGAGGAAUAUCACAAUGAACAACAUCAAGAGUACGUACGUCAAAAACAAAAGCAAGCAGAGUUGAGAGAAACAUUGCAAAAGCAAAAGGAAGAAAACCACCGUCAAGAAGAAAUCAAGAUUAAGAAGGAACAAAAAUACAUUGAAGAGCAAAAAGCAAGAGCUCAACGAGAAGCAGAAGAAGAAAAGAAGAGAGAAGAGGAGAGAAGAUUGAGAAUAUUGGAAGAAAAGAGAGUAAGAGAUCAACAAUUAGAGCAAUCCAAGAUUAGAAAACAAAUGAUCGAUCAAAAGAAGAAGGAAGAAGAAGAAGAACUUGUCAACAAACUUAAGAAACAAAUCAAUAAGGAAAAGGAGAAGGAAGUCCAAACUAGGGAAAGCAACAAGAAGGAACUUUCUUCAUUUUUGGCUUACAACGAAACCAUUAAACAAAGAAAAGAAGAAGAAGCUAAGAAGGAAAUUGAAGAAGACUUGAAAUCGUUCAAGCUCUUUGAAGAAAAGCAACGUCAACAAGAAUUAAGAAGAGAGAUGGAAAUGAAGAAAAUGUACGAAAGACAAAGUUUAUCAAUUGCUCUCUCUAACAAGUUAGAAGCCAAUUUGGAUGAAAAAGCUAAGGAAGACGAAAUUAAGGCAGAUAGAAUUCAUUCUGAAAUGGAAAUGAAAAAGGAGAAUGAAGACAAGAAGAAGAGGGAUCGUUUACAAAAACAAAAGGAAGAAAUGAUGGAUACAUUGGCCAGACAAAUUCAAGGCAAGUUUGAUAAUAGAAAGGAAGUUUUAAUGGAAGAACAGAGACGUAAGGAACAAAUUGAAGAAGAUUUAAGAAAGGCAGAACAAGAAGAACUGGAUAGAAAGAGAAGAUUUAAAGAAGGUUUGAAGAAUCAACGUGAAUCUUUAUCUGAACAAGUUAAAGAAAAGCAACACGUAACCAUGAAACAAAGUGGUAUGUCAGAUAUUGAAAUGAAGCUCAAUGCUGAUAGACUGAAAAAGAUUAACAUGUUGUAAAUUUCUUGGAUAUUCGAAUAGAAUAAUCAAACAAAUUGUACAUAAAACCUAGAGUUUAAUUU